AUGGACGGUGCGGUGCCAGAGCAGGAGGCCCUGGCGAUGGGAAUGUACAUGGCCUGCGUGGCCUGGGGUGGCGCGAUCGGCUUCGCGUGCUACGACGCGAACCGCAACUCAGCGGCCGUGUUCCAGGCCCCCGACGACCUGGCUGCGAGCACCGUCGACUGCACGCAGUCCGUCCAGCUCGUAAAACUCCACGUCUCCCCCGAUCUCAUCUGGACGAGCGCGGGCUCCUCGGACGCCCUUGUCGAGGCGCUCAAGUCGCCGUCUGUUGAUCGCGCGGAGUACGUCGUCAAGAGGGAGCGCCCCGGGAUCUUCGGGAGGAAGGAGGUGCACGCGAAACUCAUCUCGCUCGAAUGCCAGGGCAUGCCGCCCGGCCUCGUCGACGCCCGCCAGCGCUGGGCGUACCUGCGCACCCUCAUCGACACGGACGCGGACCAGCAGCUCGCGGCCCUCGGCGGCCUCAUCAGCAUCCUCGAACGGGAAAACGCCCUGGAGACGGAGAACGGUGUGCCGGUGCUGGCCCGCCUCUCGCAGCUGACGCCGGAGGGGUUCCUCGUCGUCGACCCGCAGACGCUGCAUUCCCUCCAGAUCUUCCAGUCGGAGCCCCCCCCCUCCCUCAUGGGCAUCGGCGUGGCCAAGGAGGGCUUCAGUGUGUUUGGGUGGCUCAACACCACCGUCACGCCGGUCGGGGCGCGGUGCCUGCGCAGCUGGAUGGUCCGGCCUCUCGACAGCGUGGCGAGGAUCGAGCGGCGCCUGGACCUCGUGGAGGCGCUCGCGCACGCGCGGGAGGCGCUGCGACCCAAGCUGAAGGGCUGCAAGGACGUCGUAGCCAUCCUGCGGCGCCUGGAACGGUCCAUGGGCGUCUACGAGAACAAAGACUUCUUCGUCCUGGCCAAGGCGGUGUCGAGCAUCCUCGAGGUGAAGCACGCGCUGCUGCACAUCGCGAGCGAGACCCUGGCGGACCGGUCCGGGAGAACUCCGGCCGCCAGCCCCGCUGCGCCGAGCCCGUUCAGCCCGCCCGCCUCCAGGCCGCGCAACACCCCCGCCGCCCUGAGUCAGGGCAGCCCGGAGUGGGACUGGGACGUCCUUGACGAGACGUCGAGCGCGCCCUCGCUGCUGGAGGAGCUGGUCGAUGCGCUGUCGUCCGACGCGCUCGCGCAGACCCACGCGCUGCUCCACACGAUACUCAGCGAGGAGUACACGGACGGGGACGACUCGGUGAUCGCCGACGGCGUCUGCGACGAGCUCGACGGGCUCAAGGGCUCUUACGGGAUGCUCGGCGACGUGAUGACGCGCGUCGCGGAGGCCGAGGUCCGUCGCGUGCCGGAGACGCUCGCGGCGCGUCGGUGCGCGGGCCAGGUGUGGACGUGCGAGUACUGUCCCGGGACUGGGUACCUGAUGCGGGUGCGCGGCCCCAUCCCCGGGCAGGACGUGCUCGAUUACCUGCCGGACUGGCAGUUCGUCAUGCAGGGGCCCGAGGAGGGCGGCAAGCCCUCGACGUUCUACUACACCGCCGCGUGCGCCGAGCUGGACGCGGAGUUCGGGGACGUCUUGAACAACAUCCGUGACGUGGAGCGCGCGGUGCUGUCGGAGCUCGUCACGCGGCUGUCCACGGAGUCGCGCCCGGCGCUCGAAGCGUCCGCGGCGGCCGUCGGCGCUGUUGACGCAGCCCUGGCGCUCGCGUCCGCAGCGCAGGCGCACAACCUCGUUCGUCCGGAGGUGGUCGAAGACCCUGUCCUGAAAAUCACGAAUGGGCGCCACCUGCUCUCUCAGAUCGCCGUCGAGCAGCGCGGCGACCCGUUCGUCGCGAACGACUGCCACAUGGACCACGCCGCAGGCCGCGUGCAGGUCGUCACCGGCCCGAAUCAGUCCGGCAAGAGCGUGCACGUGCGCGGCUGCGCAAUAAUCGCGUAUCUCGCGCACGUGGGAUCGUUUGUGCCCGCUGACGCGGCCGUGGUCGGGCUCGCGGACCGCAUCGCGGCGCAGACGCCGGCGCGCGUGGGCAUGAACGCGAAGAUCGGGUCCAGCUGGUUCCUGACUGACCUGACGCGGGUGGGGUCGAUUCUGCGCGCGGCGACGCCGCGGAGCAUCGUGGUGCUCGACGAGUUCGGAAAGGGCACGCUCGCCGGCGACGGCGCGGCGCUGCUCGCCGGGUGCAUCCAGUACCUCGCCAGGGGCGUCGUUCCCGCUCCGCGCGCGUUCGUGGUCACGCACUUCCAGGAGCUCCUGAGUCAGGACGUGCUGCCGCGCACGCCGAGCAUGGAGUUCCUGACGAUGGCGUACCGCGUGGAGCAGGACCGCGGCGGUGCGUCGGGGGCCGGGGGGGAUGUUUCUGGGUCAUACCUGCCCGCGGAGGUCAAGUAUCUGUUCAAGCUCGUGCCGGGGCAUCUCGCGCCGUCGUACGGGAUCCACUGCGCGCGGGUGCACGGCAUACCCGAGAAGAUCGUCCAGCGCGCCGCGCAGAUCGCGGCGUGCCUCGAGAGCGGCGCGCCCGUGCCUCCGCCCCAACACAAGUCACGUGUCCUGGAGCUGCGCGAGCAGAGCAUGCGCGAGGCGAAGCAGAUCGCCCGCACCUUCGACCGAGAGCGCGACGACCCCGAGGUCGUCCGACAGCGCCUCAUCGACUGCCUGACGAUUCAGUACGACAGCGAUGCUGACGAGGACCAGGAUUCCCCCCCCACCCUGGUGCCCCAGCCGCUGCCAGCUGCCGCGAACGAAGCAGGCCCAACCUCCGACCACGCCACCCUGCGUCCUGUGGAGCAGACUGCGAGCCACGGAGGCGAAAGCGCGCCGCGCGACGGUGGCGCACCGCACACGCCAAACGCAAUCGCCGCCGGAGACGGAGACGGGCCGACGCACAAGCGCGCCAAGACCGGGGCUGCCGCAUCGAGCGGCACGGCCCGCGACCUCGGCCCCGUGCUCGACUUCCUGUAG